AAAGUUCACUGAAGCCUACGGUUCAGAUCCUGGAGCUCAACUAUACAAUCACUGAUGAAUUCUGUUACAUGUGCAUGGGUAGCAAUUUCACUUACUUCCUGCCGUACAAUUCAUCAUUUGGAUUUGGCGAGGUGACUUUAAAAUUCUCGACAUUGACUCUAAGCUACAUUGGUCUAUGUAGUUCAAGUUUCAUGUGGAGGUGCCCGAUGUCUGACCAAUAUGAUACAGAAAUAGGAGGAUUGCCUCAACAGAACACUAAUGGAAUGUGGACAGUGAAAAUUGGAAACCAUUACAGAGUUAUUCUUAACUUCAGAGUUAUCUAUUCUUUAACAGGAAAGCCUGUGAAACAGAAUCAGACGUGUUCAAUACAGAGUGGCCAGGACUACAUUAUUCUUAACUACACAUUAAUGUUCCAGAGACAGUGUGACUGA